AUGGGAUUGAUUCUCGCUGACUUGCCCGCCAUAAAAACGGUUUGGAUGCUCUCUGCUGCCGCGGUGCCCCUGUCGGUGCGAAGGCGCCCGGCGGCCGCGCGCUUGGUGCCCACGCCGACCGGCUGCUCUCGCAAUGCGCGGAACAUUCUUUUUUCCCGGGCGCGCGCCCGCAAGAAGCGUGCUCACAUGACGACGCCCAACUUCUCUGGCCGGCUGCUUCACGGCCCCUUCGCUGUCUACGUCGGCGACAAAGAGUUUGCGCGUGACCGAACGCGCAUCAAUCGGCUCAACGUGCGCUACAUCGUCAACUGCACGCCGACUCUGUCGAGUGGUGGCGUCGCCAACUUCUUUGAGAAGGAUCGAGCCCUCGAGUACCUCCGCUUGCCGAUGCGCGACGCCAACACCGAGUCUGUGCUCGCGCACUUGCCUGCCGCCAUUGAUUUCUUCGAGCGUGCACGUAUUCGCGCCGACGGCGCCGUCCUGAUCCACUGCAACGAGGGCAAGUCGCGCUCGUGCGCCGUCGCGCUCGGAUACGUGAUCAUCUCGCACGGCAGGGCGCUCGACGAGGCGCUCGAGAUGCUGCGCGGCGCGCGACCGCAGGCCGAGCCCAAAGAGGCCUUCCUGGCGCAGCUCGCCACACUCACACCGGCCGUGAGGGACGGCGUCGACGUGUCGCGCGCCUGCAAGCGGGCGGCAGAGAGCGGCAGCGACGAGGCGAGCCGCCAGAUCGGCAGGCGAUAG